AUGGGGAGCAGUGCCAAAGGCUUCGGGCUGCCCGUGACACUGGAUAACGUGGAGAGGGCAGAUGCGCUCCAGCUGACGGUGGAGGAGUUCGUUGAGCGCUAUGAAAAGCCUUACAAGCCCGUGGUGUUGCUGAACGCCCAGGUGGGCUGGUCUGCCCAGGAGAAGUGGACGCUGGAGCGGCUGAAACGCAAAUACAGGAACCAGAAGUUCAAGUGUGGGGAGGACAAUGACGGUUACUCUGUGAAGAUGAAGAUGAAGUACUACAUAGAGUACAUGGAAACCACACGUGAUGACAGCCCCCUGUACAUCUUUGACAGCAGUUAUGGGGAGCACCCCAAGCGCAGGAAACUCCUGGAGGAUUAUAAAGUACCCAAAUUCUUCACGGAUGACCUCUUUCAGUAUGCAGGGGAGAAACGGCGGCCACCCUACAGAUGGUUUGUGAUGGGCCCACCUCGAUCUGGAACAGGAAUUCACAUCGAUCCCUUGGGAACCAGUGCGUGGAAUGCCUUAGUCCAGGGACAUAAGCGUUGGUGCCUGUUCCCAACCAGCACUCCCAGAGAGCUCAUCAAAGUGACUCGAGAAGAGGGAGGGAACCAGCAGGACGAGGCAAUCACUUGGUUCAACGUCAUCUACCCUCGGACACAGCUUCCCACCUGGCCCCCCGAAUUCAAACCCCUGGAAGUCUUACAGAAACCAGGCGAGACAGUCUUUGUGCCAGGUGGCUGGUGGCAUGUUGUUCUCAACCUUGACACGACUAUUGCCAUCACACAAAACUUUGCCAGCUGUACCAACUUCCCCGUGGUGUGGCACAAGACGGUGAGAGGGAGACCCAAACUGUCACGGAAAUGGUACAGGAUCCUAAAGCAGGAACAUCCUGACUUGGCAGCCUUGGCUGAUUCAGUUGACCUGCAGGAAUCUACUGGUAUUGCUUCCGACAGUUCAAGUGAUUCUUCCAGUUCCUCAAGUUCCAGCUCCUCAGACUCUGAUUCAGAGUGUGACUCUGGCUCCGAGACAGAGGGGAUGAUGCACCGGAGGAAAAAGCGGAGGACGUGCAGCAUGAUGGGGAACGGGGACACAACCUCCCAGGACGACUGUGUGAGCAAAGAGCGCAGCUCCUCCAGGAUUAGGGAAUCUUGCGGAGGCCGCAGCUACCCCUGAGCGAUAACACCACCCGAUCGAAGCUCCGUUAGCAGCCAGCCAGCUCUGUUCUACCCCCUCCUGCUUCUGUUUCUCACAGUCCUUACGUUUUUGUCACUCUUCCUCGAUCCAGACAUCUUGUCUUCGUUAUGUGCUGUCCAAGGUUGGCUCCUGAGUAGCUUGUAGGGGAAUGCCCCACCACGUCCUUGUGCAAUGCUUUGUCCCCCCUGCGCCCCGGGUGAGUGCACUAUAACCCAGCUGUGGGCAAGGACACGCCGAGUGUUUAAUGGGUCACGCAACUGGCAAGGAAGACAACGGUCAGUUUUUAAAGAACUGUUUUUAAAACCAGCAGGUAAAUAAAAGCCUGCCUUGCUUUGACACUGUCAUAUGUUUACAUGUUGUCCUGUACACUUGAGGAAAGGAACACCAGCCCUGUUGGCCUAAUGGGAACGUCCGGCGGAUCUUGCACUGGAAUUUCGGGAAGAAGGAGAAAGAAAUUAGCUUCUGCAAGAACUGAGCUGUGGAAAAUGGGUCUUUGGAUCUUAUCCUGCUGCAGGAGAACGUUGCUGUCGGGGCUGGUGCUUCCGACUGCGGGUCACAUAAAAUCACAGAAUAUGCUGAGUUGGAAGGGACCCAUCAGGAUCAUCGAGUCCAACUCCUGGCCCAGCACAGGACACCCCAAGAGUCACACCAUG